AUGUCUGAUCCUGAAGCUCAGAACUACCAUGGGCACUACCCGCCGAUCUCUCGCGAACCUUCCUUCGUCGAGUUUCGGACAAGAGGCGUAGCCAUGGCCUCUUUCGAGAAUCUUGUUGCUCUCGCCAACUAUGAGGAACGUCUCCGUGAAGCUCGCAAGAUAGUAUGGCGUGAUCGAGGAGAGAAACCGGUCGAGUUAAACGACCUCUGGGACUGUCUUGAGCAUGCAGGAAGAGGCGGUCUACGCGCAGGAGGUCUCGCCUUUGCCAUUCGUUCCGGUGUGAAUCUGAUCUUACUUAUGACGAGAAUCAAAAGGCUUCCGAGAAAUAUGCGGUUUGCCCUCAUCCGACAUGCAGCAUUUGGUCCCGACUCUAUGCGGUUUGCAACCAUGCUUGGUUCAUUCGUCGCCAUCUACAAAUUCAUACUCAAUGCUCUUCCCAUUUUCCUUCCGGAACCCAUCCGGCGCCGCCACCAUGGCGCAUCCCGCUCACAGUCGCUUCUCCGAUCCGUAUUCCUGGAAGAAAGCCCGCCUGACUCACCCUUCUACGAGGAUGAUGUCGAACACGACCUCCAAAUUGCCGAGCAGGGGCGCACAAAAGGAUCGCGCCAUGCCCGUCUCUCAAUGAGUGCGCAGGCUCACCAGAUAUGGGUGCGCAAGCGCACUCGUCGGUGGUACUCUGUGCUCGCAGGCGCGGUUGCUGGUGGGAUCGCUAUCUUGUUUGAGAAGCGCGAUCGACGUGCUGGGAUUGCGCAGCAGAUGUUUGUGCGGGGUCUGCAGGGUUCGUAUAACGCUUUUUCAUCAAAGCACGGUAUCCAUAUCCCGCAUGGGGACAUCUUACUGUUCUCGCUCUGCUGUGGUCAGAUUAUGUAUUCUUGGCUGCUGCAUCCUGAGACGCUCCCACAUUCGUAUAAUACAUGGAUCCUGAAAGCAAGUAGAGUUUACGGUGAGACCGUGUCCAUGUUCCAUGACAUCGUCAAUGAGGGCACGUUCAAGCUCUCCGAUUUGGAGAGUCUCAUCGCCCGCAAGAACACAACCCCGGCGAACCGCGCUGAGAUGCUCGAACUCCUUGCCUCCGCCUCGCUUCCGCCGCCGGCACGCUCAUAUGGCCAGCGCUUCCCGCGGUGCGCGGCGGUGCAUCCGUGGCUCGACUCGUGCACACUUGUGCAGGUCGAACGUUUUUUGGAUGUAUUCCGGUGGAUGUUCCCCAUCUACGGCGCGCUGCACCUUGUGCCGUUGCUGCUCUUCCGCCGCCAGCGAGUGGCGAAGGAUCCCGUCGGGAUGCUCCUCCGCGCUGUCUGGGGCACCACGCGCAGCUCAGCGUUCCUCGGGGCGUUUGUUAUCAUCUUCCAGGGCGUGUUGUGCUUCAAGCACAACCUCUACAAUGCGCUGAGCGCACUGCGCUCCUCUCGUGCCUCCGCACGCGCUCACCCGCUGAUCGCGGUCCUCGCGCAGCAGCUCCCGCCGGGCCCAAUCGAGUUGUUGAUCUCGAAGUCGAGCUACUGGGUACUGGGUUUCAUGACCGGGCUUUCGCUAUUCGUCGAGGAGAAGCAUCGUCGCGAGGAGCUCGCGAUGUACGUACUCCCGAAGGCGCUCGAGAGCGCGUGGAUCAUGGCGCGUGGAAGAGGGCUCGUGUUCCGCACGGGCGAGGUGGGCGAGGUGCUGUUUACGGCGAUGGCAAUGGCAAUGGUGAUGAGUACCUACCAAAACGACCCGCAACAUCUCUCAGGGCUAGUUCGCCGGAUAUUGUACCAGUUCGUAGGGCCAAAUUAA